GUGGCCAAGAGCUCCGCCCGGGGGCGCCCCGGGGUCCCUGUUGCUCUGGGCGCCGAGGGGGCGGAUCCGGCCCGGGCCCGCUAGGGGCGAGGGAAACACCCCGAGACCCCCGCGCCCUGGCACCAUGCGACCCGCCGCGCCUCCUCCCGGGCCCGGGGCUACACAGUCUGCACGCUGAGCCCCCUGCGGUCGCUACCGCGGAAAGUGGCACGAAGGAGGAGGAAGAGGAGGAGGUGACACUGGGGAGAGCAGAGCUUGGACCCAUUCGGCCGCCCCUCCGCCCCCGAGACCUGGCGGCUCCCGGGAUCCCUAGUCUUAUCAUGCACCGGGCGCCAGCCGGGCUUUAAGAGAAACUGAGACGCCGGAGCGAGUCAAGGCAAUUCUUUGGUUGCUAAGUGUGAGAGAAGACACUCAGGAUGGCUCAGGGAUCCAGAGACCAGAGAGCAGUGGGGAUCGCGGAUCCAGAAGAGAGUUCUCCCAACAUGAUUGUCUACUGCAAAAUCGAGGACAUCAUCACAAAGAUGCAAGAUGACAAGACGGGGGGUGUGCCCAUCAGAACAGUUAAGAGCUUCCUCUCCAAAAUCCCCAGUGUCGUCACAGGUACUGACAUUGUGCAGUGGCUUAUGAAGAACCUUUCCAUCGAGGACCCAGUUGAAGCAAUACACCUGGGAAGCCUUAUCGCCGCCCAGGGCUACAUCUUCCCGAUCUCAGACCAUGUUCUUACCAUGAAGGACGAUGGCACUUUUUACCGUUUCCAGGCUCCUUACUUCUGGCCUUCAAACUGCUGGGAACCUGAGAACACAGACUACGCCAUCUAUCUCUGUAAGAGGACAAUGCAGAACAAAGCAAGGCUGGAAUUGGCUGACUACGAAGCAGAAAACCUAGCGAGACUCCAGAGGGCCUUUGCAAGGAAGUGGGAAUUCAUCUUUAUGCAAGCAGAGGCGCAAGUAAAGAUUGAUCGGAAAAAGGAUAAGACAGAAAGGAAAAUUCUGGAUAGUCAAGAACGGGCUUUUUGGGAUGUCCACAGGCCAGUGCCAGGCUGUGUGAACACAACAGAAAUGGAUAUCAGAAAAUGCCGACGCUUGAAGAAUCCACAAAAGGUUAAAAAGUCAGUGUAUGGCGUGACUGAAGAGUCCCAGUCCCAGAGCCCGGUGCACAUACCAAGCCAGCCAGUCAGGAAAACUACAAAAGAUGACAUCCGAAAGCAGAUAACAUUUUUGAAUGCACAGAUUGACAGACAUUGUUUGAAAAUGUCCAAAGUGGCUGAAAGCUUAAUCGCUUACACAGAGCAGUAUGUGGAGUAUGACCCCUUCAUAACGCCAGCAGAGCCAUCAAAUCCUUGGAUCAGCGAUGAUGUCACCUUAUGGGACAUAGAGAAUAGCAAAGAGCCCAGCCAGCAGCGAGUAAAACGAUGGGGCUUCUCUUUUGAUGAAAUACUGAAGGACCAGGUGGGGCGGGACCAGUUCCUUCGAUUCCUGGAGUCAGAGUUCAGCUCAGAAAACCUCAGAUUCUGGCUGGCUGUCCAAGAUCUCAAGAAGCAACCGCUACAGGACGUGGCCAAGAGGGUGGGGGAAAUCUGGCAAGAGUUUCUAGCCCCCGGAGCCCAGAGUGCGAUCAACCUGGAUUCUCACAGCUACGAGAUAACCAGUCAGAAUGUCAAAGAUGGGGGGAGAUACACGUUUGAAGAUGCCCAGGAGCACAUCUACAAGCUGAUGAAGAGUGACAGCUAUGCUCGUUUCCUGCGGUCCAAUGCCUACCAGGAUCUAUUGCUGGCGAAGAAAAAGCCAGAAAGUGAGCAAGGUCGUAGAACUUCCCUAGAAAAGUUCACUCGCAGUGUGUGCUGCUGGCGCAGAGUCAGAAUGGCCGCCGCGUUUCACCCCCGAGGUGGCUUCCUUCCAGCAGUGGGGAAAGUCACUGGCGGGCAAGCGCCUCACGGGCCUGAUGCAGUCCUCCUGACCGCCCCCACCCUAGGGCCAGGGCCCGGGCCAGCAGAACACCCGGGCAGGCGCCGUUCAACAUCCAACGACAGAGCUUCCUUGCGGGGAGAUUUGGUCACUGUGAAAGAAAAAGAGUGAGGGUCGUGGAGAGCAAUGGUGGGGAGAUGUGGUGGGUAAAUGAGGAGACCAGAGAGAGAGUCCACGGUGCUGGGCCAGUGGGAGCGAUCCCUGUUUGUAGGCUCUCUCCUGUACAGCCAGGCACCAAUGCUUAUUCUCUGCAAGGGUCCGUUUCUAACUCGGCCAGAGAAUGUCUCAUGGGGUUUCUGUCUGACUGUCACUUGAGAUGUUAACCUCAUCUGUCCAGUCAUCUGGGGAAUCACGCCUUCCAGCAAAUUUGAGAGGGACGAGUGGACCCUGGGCACAUAGUAUUAUGCGUCACCUCCCUACUCUCUCUGAUGCACUAUUAGUGCUCAGUGCCACCUGCCUUCCUCUUCCCCACCGCCCCCGCCCCCUGACAGGUGACCACCCAGGUAUAACUGAGUGGAUGGCAGCCACCGCUUUCACAUAAAAUGUCAGAAAUCACAUCUUCAAUACUAAUGACACUUCAAGUUCUUUUCACCCUCACGGAGACCAAGUUUUAGAGGAGUCUUCAAGGGUGUGGUGGCCACUCUCAGAUCCUAUCACAUGUUCAAGGGGCCAGAGCUUGAAGAGGUACCAGUGCAGGUAAUGGAGCGUGUUGUUUAGCCAUUGAAAGUUCUGGUGACAAUCAUUUAAAAAGAUUAUUACUUCACGUCUUCUGAUUUUGCCCCUUGCACCUUGGUUUGUUCCCUUGUGUUUUACUCAAAAUAAACAUGGCCAUGAACUCAGGAGCCACUGGGCUUCUCCCCACUGGUAGCCCAAGAUGGAAGUUCCUGGAGGGAGACUGGAUUGCAGGGAUGGCACUUGGUUGUAGCCUACAAGGCCUGGCCAGGCUCUUACUGGGUUAGAGCCUAGUUAUUCGUAAAGCUGAAACAGAAUAUGCAAUGUCAGGUCCCAACCAGAGCGACAGAAUCCCCUUCCCAACCUUACUCUGAGGGCCCAGCCAAAGCACUCUAUUGAACGUAGCCAAUACGUUUCAUCUAGGAGAAAGCAAAACGCCCAGGAACCUGCAGAAGAUUGUCCGUGUCCUUUCUGUGUGUCACAAUAACCAUUUGCCAACCUGGCUGUGAAGUCUUGCACCCAAAGGCCACACACCAGGUCCUGAACACAGAAGAGGUGCUGAGCAAAUGGUAGCUAGUAGAGUCAGUUGUCAUCGUUGUCAUUGUCAUCAAGACACCAUGAGCCCUCUGACACAGCUGGAUUAAGCAACAUGCUUUUACAUUCAGACAUGUUCUUCACACAUACUUUCCCUGUCAACACCUGUGAAGUGGGCCCCUUCUUUGAUCUGUUUUGGUCAUAGGUGAAAACCCCUCCUUGGGAGCAUAUAUACAGAGAAAGGAAAGGAAGA